UGGGCGAAACGGUUCCGCGGUGGAGAGGGGCCACCACGCCUCUCGCCGUUUUGCGUCGUCUUCCUCGGCGGCGCUGCGCCGCUACCCCGCAGAAACGCUAGAGUCCGCACUGGUCUACCGUGGUCUAGGCGGCUGCUCGUCGGCCGAUCCUCUAUCCGAUCCGACUCCGGAGUGCUGGGAGGGGGCGCCACGCUGACGGCUCCAGCCGCGGCGUCGGCGGGCGCAGGCGGCGGAGGAGAUGGCGCACGAGCGGCGCGGCGCGGCGGCGGCGUCCGCGGCUGCGCACGACGCUGCAGGGGAAGCACUAUUUGUUGACGUAGUACAUGAAGCCCCUCUAUCUGGUCAGCGGCAGCCUCGAAGCAUAGUUGGUGGCACUCUGUACUGUAUCUUAUUGGCAGGUUAUGCUGGUGUUGUCAUAGCAGCUCCAUGGAUAUUUGUUCUUAUACCAGACAUGAUCCUUCCAUUGCUAUGCAGCUGCAAUGUUCUGCUUCUUAUUAUUACAGGUAUAUUCCAACAAUAUUGGGUCCAUCAGGUCACAAAAGUGCGACUACAGGGCUACUAUGAUUUAAGCCAAAAACUGAAGCGCAUUGCUCGAGUUCCAUUUGCCGCUAUUGCUUGCGGUACUGCCCUAUUGCUCUUAAUUCUAGUUUGGCAGCCUCAAGUAGAAGUAUUAUCAAUUUCAGUUUUGCUCAGGGUUGCACUAGUUGUUGAAGUGAUAUCCGCUGGAUGUUUCAUGAGCUUAUACAUAGGGCACAUCCAUAAAUACAACUCUUUGAAUGAGCAGCCUGACAUUCUACGGCCACUUUAUUCUGCACUGCAACCAUCUAGUUCGGUGGAAGAGAUAAGGUACUAUGAUUCUCGUCUGUCUGACCAACAAAUGGCAUUGCUCCAGUACCAGAGGGAGAAUAUUCAUUAUCUGAGUGAAGAGGUGCUUAGGUUGCAAGAAAGCUUAAGUAAGUACCAUAGAAGUGUUGCUGCCAGCACUCCUCAGGUUGAUCUUACUCAUCUUUUGGCGUCUCGUGAUCAAGAACUUCGUGCACUGUCUGCUGAGAUGAAUCAAGUGCAUUCGGAGCUUCGUCUUGCUCGUGGUUUGAUUGCUGAGAAGGACUCAGAGAUCCAGCACAUUCGUGGGAACAACAAUCAAUACGUUGAAGAAAACGAGAGACUAAGAGCUAUCCUUGGCGAAUGGAGCACUCGAGCAGCAAAGCUUGAGAGAGCGCUUGAGGCUGAGAGAGUGUCGAACAUGGAACUGCAGAAGAACCGCGCAAAGCUCAAACGCCAAUCAACCAGGGAGAAAAUACCUGAUAUUCCUCAAUCAGAGAGUUCCUCCAUAGGUGUGCUCUAGCUUAUGUGAUUGUGUCAGCAGUUUUUGUGUAACAAUCCAUGGGUGAAAUUUGUGGCGUCAUGUGAAGAUUUGAACCUUCAAACCUCGGAGAUCAGUUAGUUGUAGAUUGAAGUACAGUAGUAAUGAGAAAUGUUGUAUGUUGGCUGUA